GAUGUCAAACUUGGGACAAUUUGACUCCGACUUUUACCAAUCUAAUUAUAACAUUGAAAAUCAGGAGCAGAGUUAUAAUGAUUCUAAUGCCUAUGGAAAUCUUUAUGGAUCUAGAAAACAACAAGCCAGUGAGCAGCCUCAGGCUGCCUUCGUCCCACCAGAGAUGCUCGUGUCAUCCAGUUAUGCGGGACAAUUCUUUCAGCCAGCAUCCAACCAGGAUUAUUAUUCACCAUCUUCUUACAUUGACAGUUUUGAUGAAGAGCCUCCUUUACUAGAAGAACUUGGAAUUAAUUUUGAUCACAUACGGCAAAAAACAUUGACAGUGUUAAACCCACUGAAGCCAGCAGAUGGCAGCAUUAUGAAUGAAACAGACCUCACUGGGCCCAUCCUGUUCUGUGGGGUCCUAGGAGCUUCCCUACUUCUGGCAGGAAAAGUCCAGUUUGGUUACGUGUAUGGCACGAGUGCCAUUGGCUGCUUAGGGAUUCACGCCUUACUAAACUUGAUGAGCUCUUCAGGGGUGUCCUGUGGCUGCGUGGCGAGUGUUCUGGGUUACUGCCUGAUACCCAUGGUCAUCCUGUCCAGCUGUGCCAUCUUCUUUUCACUGCAGGGCACCUUUGGAACUGUGUUGGCACUGGUCAUCAUUGGCUGGUGUAGUCUCUCAGCCUCCAAAAUUUUCACUUCAGCCUUGGCCAUGGAAGGACAGCAGCUUCUCAUUGCCUACCCUUGCGCCUUACUUUAUGGGCUUUUUGCCCUCCUAACAGUUUUCUGAAGAUUAUUUGAGAUGGCAUUACAGGAUUCUAUUUUUUUGUCGCUCAGAUUAUCCUGGAAAUGUAUUGGCAUUCACAUUUGGUCAUAUGAUUUCUGUUUUAUCGCUGUUGAGAGAAUAAUAAGCAGAGAGACAAAACAGCACUUAA